AUGGGUCUUAUUAUCCGUAUUGUAAAACAAAAACAUCGUCUUAAUCAACACAUCAAUUGGCGUAAACAUCGCAAAAUGGCCAUUCAACUCAUAUCAAUCACAUUAUUAUUUUAUGUUCUCUAUUUGCCGAAUAUUAUUACAGCAAUUCUGUUUGGCUGUGGUGUUCCAUGGAGCUACCUAGAAAAUUUCAUGGCUUACGCACAAUUUUUCUCUUAUUAUAUCAAUUUUCUACUCCCAUUCGUCUGCACUGGAACUUUACCUCAUCUUCGAAACAAAAUUACAAAUACAUUACGAUUAUGGCCAUGGCAUGCUCGUGUUGCUGUUGAACCAAGUCACAAUACCGUAAUGUUCAAAGCACCUGGCCAAUCGGUUGCUCUCGCAAGAGCUGCUCAUUGA